AUGGCUCAAAGAUUCGGCGCUUCCUCGCUGCAUCAGCGCGACUCCCGCAGCGCCCUCUUCGAAGGCUACACCGGCGGCGGCAGCGACAACGGCCGACGACCUGUCAGCGCCUCGCCAUCUAGACUAGGCGGUGGAUACGGAUACGGGUACGCGGGCGGCAGCGCAUCACCUGCGCCGCCCAUGGGCGGUAGCCACCUCGGUGUUGACGCGAACCGAGGGUUCCGGCCUGCGACGCCGAAUAAACGCGGCCAGUACAGCGACGCCGUGCUCAACGAGCUCGAGAGCCAGAACGAUGAACAGGUCGCGGGUAUCAUGGGCAAAGUCAAGAUCUUGAAGAGCAUGACGGUUGCCAUUGGCGACGAGAUCCGCGACUCCUCGGCCCUGGCAGAGAAGAUGAACGACAGCUUCGACUCGACGCGCUUGCGCAUCCGCGGGACCAUGAACCGCAUGCUUGUCAUGGCGGAGAAGACGGGCGUCGGCUGGAAGAGCGUAGCCUGCAUCGACGACUACGACUACGACAUCGACGAGACCAAGGCGAAAGGCGAUACGCGCGGUUUAUCCGUCAUGUCGGGGAGACGAGCGUGGCUAUGGAUUGCCUCCUACAAGUUUGGGACUAUUCAAGCUCGGAGGGGUGAACGGCCGUCUGCUACGUGGGCUUUACCGAGGCUGUCGACAUGA